AUGUCUUCUCUCAAGAAGAGCGUCAUGGGCAUUUUCGACCGCUGGAAAGCUUCCACAUGCAAGGCUAACCUGCAGCUGGCGGGCAAACGGUGCACACUACAGCGGAACAAAGUGAUAAAGUCUCAGCGGGUGGCCGAGCGUGAGAUAGCGGAGAUGCUCCGACAGGGGCGAGAGGAAAAGGCUCGGAUCAAGGCUGAGCAGUUGAUCGCUAAUCAGAAAUUAGAGAGCGCCUAUGAUAUCCUGGAAACGCACUGUGAGCUGCUUUAUACGAGAAUCCAAUACAUUGAUCAGUCGAAGGAAUGCCCGCCCGACCUUAUCUGUCCGGUCGCCACGUUAAUCUAUGCGGAGAAGCGGUUGACGGUUCCAGAGAUGGCCAAUUGUGUGAGGCAAUUCGACUUGAAAUACGGUCGUACUUGGUGCCAACAACAUAUAGAUAAUUCCACUCAAGAUGUAGCUCCAAAGCUUGUGGGCCUUCUGACCAUAGCACCGCCGAGCGAGAAUAUGGUGCUAGAUGCAUUAGAAGAGAUAGCCACCAAGUUUGAUGUGAGCCAGAUGUGUGGAAUGGGAGCGUCCGCCAAGUAUUGA